GUCUAUCCAGUGCACUCGGUAGCUUUACGAAUCGUCUCUCAGUGAUCGUUACACACUCGCCGCUUCGUUGUCUUGACGACUCAUCUCGCAAACGUCAAAAAAAUCAAUUCAAAAAAAUUUAAACAAAACAAAAAAUAAAAAAAAUAUUCUUUGAAUCGUAAAAAAAAAGAUUUUUUUUUCUAAAGGUCAUUUUAAUUACUCGGAUCGUGGAUUAAAUCCAUUGUGGAGUAUUGCCAAAAACAUAAAAAUAAAAAAUAUAUAAAAUAGAGGCAGAGGCAGAGGUAGUAUUAGAUACAAAAAGCGAGAUAAUAGUGUAAAAAAAAAUAUUUUUUUCAAGCGAUCGAAACGCUCAACUGCUAAACCACUCAAAGGGAGGGGCAUGCAAUUUAACAAACGAUGUCGGACUUCGGAGUAGUUGUUAAUGUAGUAUGUGUGUGACAACGAGAUUGACAACAUGGAUACGUCUGACCUAGGAGGAGGGGUUAAUUGUACACCACCGGCAAUUGAGGACUUUCCACAUGACCUGUUUGAUGAGAAACAACGACAAGAAGGGGCUGUGGUUGUUCACGUCAUCGUGUCUCUUUACUUGUUCAUCGCUUUAGCGGUAGUAUGCGAUAAAUUCUUUGUACCUGCAGUAGAAAAAAUAUGUCAUGCAUUAUCAAUGUCAAAAGACGUAGCUGGUGCGACAUUUAUGGCAGCUGCAACAUCCGCACCAGAAUUAUUUGUCAACGCAAUUGGGACUUUUAUUACCGAAGGUGAUAUCGGUGUAGGAACGAUAGUAGGAUCAGCAGUCUUUAAUAUCCUUGCAGUCCCCGCUUGUUGCGGUAUCGGCGCGGGAAUGGUGGUUCCGUUGGAUUGGUGGCCUGUAAGCCGAGAUUGCUUAGCUUACGGCGUAACAGUUGCUAUCUUAAUCUGCAUUAUUCACGAUGAGAGAGUAGAAUGGUACGAGGCACUGACCCUUGUCCUUCUAUACAUCGUAUACAUUGCAGUAAUGUACUGGGACAAAUCAUUUCAACGUUGUACACGUUUUCGUACCAAGAAAAGCGUUUCACCCUCCGAAGAAGUACAUAAUGGCCCAGGAGACGCCGGCGAAAUUCACUUAUCGAGAUCUGAUAAAUUGCAAUCGUCCGGUGAGAGAGUUGAGCAAAUUGCGACAAUCGACGUGCCACUGCAGAACGGAGGAACGAAAAGUCAAGAGGAAAAUCACGAGGCUGAAUAUGAGUAUGAGUUAUUAGUGUGGCCAGCGAGAGGUGGGUGGAUACGUAAAACAGCGUGGGUACUUACUUGGCCAAUUCAUUUGAUUUUUAUGUGUACGAUACCAGAUUGUGAGAAACCUAGAUUUAAAAAAUGGUUCCCAGUAACAUUUAUCAUGUGUAUUGUAUGGAUUGGAUCUCUUAGUUAUGUCGUAGCUUGGAUGAUAACAAUUAUCGGUGAUACACUAAAAAUACCAGACUCUGUAAUGGGUAUAACAUUUUUGGCAGCGGGAACAAGUGUCCCAGAAGCUGUAUCAAGUGUUAUUGUGGCUAAACAAGGUCAUGGCUCGAUGGGCAUCAGUAAUUCGAUUGGCUCGAAUACAUUUGACAUACUGCUUUGUCUAGGUCUACCAUGGCUUAUAAAAUCAUCUUUCUCACCAACCCAACCUGGACGUCACUAUAUCAGUAUAAAUUCAGGUGGUUUAGAAUACAGCGCAAUAUCACUUUUAUCAACUUUGAUGCUACUUUACAUAGCAUUUGCUUCGAAUAAAUUUCAACUUGAUUUAAAAGUCGGGCGUGCUUGUCUAUGUAUGUACGCAGUAUUUCUUAUUCUUGCCUCGCUUAUCGAGCUCAAUGUAUUCUUCAGGGUAAAUUUACCCACUUGUCAAAGGACGGUUAAGUGAUAAAAAAAAAAUAA